CUUGUCGGAUCCACGAGCAGCCUCAAAACAUGACCGCUUCUGUCGUUGUCCGAAGGUUAGCAGCUCUGUCCGGGGCCUCUGCGGUGGGACUAGGAGCAUACGGGGCUCACGGUUUCAAAAACAAAGACCCUGAUGACUACCAGGUCGUGCUCUUUGAAACUGCCAACAAGUACCAUUUCUACCACAGCCUGGCCCUGCUGGGUGCUGCUCACUCUGGCAAACCCGCUGUGGCUGGUACCCUCCUCAUAGCAGGCAUGGGGAUGUUCUGUGGCUCCCUCUACCACCAGGCCCUGACAGGGGACCCAGGUCUACGCAAGGUGGCUCCCAUGGGGGGUGUAGCUAUGAUCGUUGGCUGGCUGGCCAUGAUCUUCUGAACUGUAAGAGUUUGCAUCCCCUCCACAGGGCCGCCGUGUGACACUAAACUGUCAAACCGCUAAUGGAUGAACUGCAAAGCUCAUGAGAGUUGGCUGAAAGGUUAAAUGUGCUGAGUUAUGUCACCCAUCUAACCGCUCCCCGUCCAGGGUUGUGGGUGUCAGCGGGAGAUAAGGUCACAACAGGAUUAUCACUUUUCUACCAUUUCUGUCAGUUUCUGACUGGUGCCCUCUGACUGCUGUGUUUGAGUUCAAAUGGAUGAGUAAACAAAUACAUGAUGUCAUUUAGUUUGUCAACUGAACAAUUUGUUGCCCUAACAUUUUAUUUCCACCUACUUCAGUAUAGCAAAUCGAGUGAAAAUUUUAAAAAAAGGAAUGUAAAAGGGAAUGUGAAGGGUCUAAAAAUGAAAUAAAUAGUUUUCUUAAAUCUU